UUCAUUCGAGUUUCAACCGUGUUCGAGCAAACAACGUGUCGUCGGAAAAAAGUGCGUGAGGUAUUGUGGCGAAUAAACGCGCUCUCGCUCUCUCUCUCUAGCCUGUGUGUGAGGUGUUGUGGAACUCAAAUAGGAUCCGAAAAAAGAAGUGUGGGAGAGAGACUCUCAUGGUGGAGAGCAAAACGUAACAAACAACGCUACAAAGUGAAAAAGAAGAAGAAAAAAUAUUAAACGAAAAUUCAUCGGUUCGUGUGCGUGCGUACGUAUGAGUGAAUGUGUGUGACAACAUCGACGGCUGCAUUGUUGUUGGCUAACGCAAACUACAAAUCAGACUUUUUCUAAAAAUGCUGACAUAUCAACAACUACUUGACAACCAAAUGUUAACCCACAAUCGUAUGUAUAAUGACAAAUUAAGCUAAACAAAAGAAAAAACCAAAAACAAAAAAGAAGCUUCCGAAAUCAUGACCAAUUUACUAAAAACUUAACAACAAUUUUACCAACAAAACUUAGUUUGUAAACAACCAACAACUCCACAAACCCAAAAAAAACCUGAGCUGCUCUUCAAUCCAUCGAGAAAAAAACAAAACCUAAGCUAACAACAACAAAAAUUGCACAAAAUUCCCGCUGUCUGUCUCUCUUUUGUAAGCUGCUGUGGUUGAUUGUUGGUAUUUUCUUGUCUCUCGCUCUCUGGUGUCUUGUCACUCUGUGAGUCUCUCUUUGUGCAUCAUCCGUAUGUGUGUAAUAUUGUGUGUGCAAUCCCCAAGUUAAUUAAAUUUUUUACUGGAUACAACAACACCAACACCCGACAUUGUUCCCCCCCAACUCAAACCAGGCUCAUUCAUUGGCAGUGUUUAGUGUUUUGUUGGAGAAGAAGAGAAAAGAUAGCAACAAAGCAAAAAAAAAACAACAAUAAAACUGGCAAAAUAAAACCCAUAAUUUUUUUAUGUGUGGAAGGGAAAAUAAAAAAUUAUUAACAAUAACAAAACAACGACGAAAAAAUGUUAAUAAAUAAACAUUCAAAUGACUUGAAGUAUUCAAAAAUUUGUGCCGCAGUUGCCAGCAUUGCCAGCUCGUCGACAAACACCACCACCACCGAUUACCCCACCAGAAAAAAUAACAUCGACAGCAGCUCUAUGAAUAAAUGCAAAAUUAACCAACCCACCCCAACCAUGACAACCACCAACAGCACCCCCUCGAAAACCUUAGAUUGGAUACGAGAACAGCAGCGGCAGCAGCAACAACGUCAUUAUCAAAAGUCAACUCCGCCAAAGUUUGCUACAUCAACGUCGUCUGCUGCACCUUCAUCAACUACUAUGUCAUCGUUUAUGUCGUCUCUGUUCCCGUCACCUUUAUUACAACUACAACGAAAAUUUCUCAUUGGAUUUAUUUUAACUAUUUUAUAUAUACAGCAUGGUCAUUGUGCCGAUUUAGCCAUAAGCAUACCCAAUAAUCAGGGUAUGGACGGUGCCUAUUACCGUCUAGACUACAGUCCGCCAUAUGGUUAUCCCGAACCGAAUGCCACAAUCGCCUCAAAUGAAAUCGGCAACGAAAUUCAAUUCUCGCGUGCUUUGCCCGGUACCAAAUAUAAUUUCUGGUUGUACUACACCAAUAGCACCCAUCUAGAUUGGCUGACGUGGACAGUGUCCAUAACCACAGCUCCCGACCCACCCUCAAAUCUAUCCGUACAGGUGCGUAGCAGUAAAAAUGCCAUUAUACAAUGGUCACCACCCACUCAGGGCAAUUAUACAGCAUUUAAGAUCAAAGUUGUGGGCCUCUCCGAAGCCUCCAGUUCAUAUAAUCGCGUAUUCAAUGUCAAUGAUACAACAUUCCAACACAGUGCCAAAGAACUAACACCGGGUGCCACAUAUCAGGUGCAAGCCUACACCAUCUACGAUGGCAAAGAGUCGGUUGCCUAUACCAGUCGUAAUUUCACUACAAAACCCAAUACACCGGGUAAAUUCAUUGUUUGGUUUCGUAAUGAAACCACAUUGCUGGUCCUUUGGCAGCCGCCAUAUCCUGCCGGCAUUUAUACACAUUACAAGGUCUCUAUAGAACCGCCAGAUGCCUUGGAAAGUGUUUUGUAUGUGGAAAAAGAGGGUGAGCCACCAGGCCCAGCUCAGGCGGCCUUUAAGGGCUUGGUGCCAGGUAGAGCCUACAAUAUAUCGGUGCAAACCAUGUCAGAGGAUGAGAUUUCUUUGCCUACCACCGCUCAAUAUCGCACUGUGCCGCUGAGACCGCUGAAUGUUACCUUUGACAAAGACUUUAUAACGUCCAAUUCAUUUCGGGUGCUGUGGGAGGCUCCCAAGGGAGUCUCCGAAUUCGAUAAAUAUCAGGUAUCCUUGGCCACCUCGCGUAGGCAGUCUACAGUGCCGCGUACCGAUGAUCCCAUUGCUUUCUUUGAUUUUCGAGACAUAGCUGAGCCGGGCAAGACCUUCAAUGUGAUUGUUAAGACGGUCUCCGGUAAGGUAACCUCCUGGCCUGCCACCGGAGAUGUCACCUUAAGACCUUUGCCGGUACGCAAUUUACGCUCCUUUAACGAUGACUCUAGCAAUAGCAUGAUUAUAACCUGGGAACCUGAUCCAGCCUCCACCCAGGAUGAAUAUCGUAUUGUAUAUCAUGAGCUGGAAACUUUCAAUGGCGACACCAGCACCUUAACCACCGAACGUAAUCGUUUCAAUUUGGAAAGCCUUUUGCCGGGAAGAAAUUAUUCGGUAUCGGUGCAAGCCAUAUCGAAGAAAAUGGAUUCGAACGAGACCACCAUAUUUGUGGUGACACGGCCCUCAUCGCCCAUCAUUGAAGAUUUGAAGAGUAUAAAAAUGGGUCUCAAUAUAAGUUGGAAGAGUGAUGUCAACUCAAAGCAAGAACAAUAUGAGGUUUUAUACUCACGCAAUGGCACCUCGGAAGUCAGAACCGUCUUCACCAAAGAAUCUCGUUUGGUUAUUAAAAAUCUGCAUCCAGGAGCGGGAUAUGAGGUUAAGGUAUUUGCUGUAAGUCAUGAUUUAAGAAGUGAGCCUCACGCCUACUUCCAAGCAGUCUAUCCCAAUCCUCCCCGCAAUUUGACCAUAGAAACGGUACGCAGCAAUUCUGUAUUGGCCCAUUGGUCCCCUCCCGAAAAUAGCGAUUUUACCGAAUACAAUAUACGCUAUCGCACUGAAAGUGAACAACAAUGGGUGCGUUUGCCCAGUGUACGCUCCACUGAGGCCGAUAUCACCGAUAUGACCAAGGGUGAAAAGUACACCAUACAAGUGAAUAGCGUUAGUUUUGGUGUCGAAAGCCCUAAUCCACAAGAGGUCAACACCACAGUGCCACCUAAUCCAGUGUCCAAUAUUAUACCUUUGGUCGACUCACGCAACAUCACUUUGGAAUGGCCUAAACCUGAGGGAAGAGUAGAAUCGUAUAUACUAAAAUGGUGGCCUACGGAUAAUCCUUCCAAGGCCCAGACCAAAAAUGUUUCCGAAAACAAAUCCACCGAUGACAUUUCCACUGUACGAGUCCUUAUUGGCGAUUUAAUGCCGGGAGUGCAAUACAAAUUUGACAUACAAACCACAUCCUAUGGCAUAUUUUCGGGCACCACCCAUCUUUCCACCCGCACCAUGCCUCUCAUACAAUCCGAGGUGGUGGUGGUUAAUGAUAAACAGGAAGAUGAGCGAGACACCAUAACCCUUUCCUAUACACCCACUCCUCAGUCUUCUUCGAAAUUCGAUAUUUAUCGUUUCUCCUUGGGAGAUCCCGAAAUUAAGGAUAAAGAAAAACUGGCCAAUGACACCGAUCGUAAGGUCACAUUUACCGGCCUGAUCCCAGGACGUCUGUACAACAUCACCGUUUGGACUGUUAGUGGUGGUGUUUCUAGUUUACCCAUACAAAGACAGGAUCGUCUCUUCCCCGAGCCCAUAACCCAGUUACAUGCUACCAAUAUUACAGAUACUGAAAUUUCCCUAAAAUGGGAUAUACCCAAAGGAGAAUUCAAUGAUUUCGAUGUGCAAUAUCUGACAGCAGACAAUAUUCUAGCCCAGAACAUAACCAAUCGCAAUGAGAUUACCAUACCAGAUUUGAAACCCCAUCGUAACUACACUUUCACUGUGGUGGUACGUUCAGGUACCGAAUCAUCGGUACUGAGGAGCAGUUCCCCCUUAUCGGCUAGUUUCAGUACCAAUGAAGCGGUACCAGGAAGAGUAGAAAGAUUCCAUCCCAUUAAUGUGGAACCCAGCGAGAUACUCUUUGAAUGGUUAUUGCCACAGAGUGAAGCCAACGGUGUCAUUCGCCAGUUCUCGGUGACCUAUAUGAAUGUGAAUAAUGCCUCCGAAAGAAGAACUUUAGAUUUUGAUUCAUCCGAAUCGACUGGUUCUAUAAAGAAUCUGAAACCUGGAGAAACGUAUGUUUUCAAAAUUCAAGCUAAGACGUCUAUUGGUUAUGGCCCGGAGAGGGAGUACAAACAAACUAUGCCUAUAUUGGCGCCGCCUAAACCAGCAACUCAAGUGGUGCCCACAGAAGUAUAUCGUAGUUCAUCAACGAUACAAAUACGUUUCCGUAAAAACUAUUUCUCUGAUCAAAAUGGACCGGUUCGCAUGUACACCAUCAUUGUUGCUGAGGAUGACAAUAAAAAUGCUUCAGGAUUGGAAAUGCCCAGUUGGCAUGAUGUUCAAUCGUACAGUGUAUGGUUGCCCUAUCAAGCUGUGGAGCCCUAUUAUCCCUUCGAAAAUCGUUCGGUAGAAGAUUUCACCAUUGGCACAGAGAAUUGUGACAAUCGUAAGAGCGGCUAUUGUAAUGGACCUUUAAAAUCCGGCACUACCUAUAGGGUAAAGGUACGAGCAUUUACGGCAGUAGAUAAAUUCACGGAUACAGCAUAUAGUUUCCCCAUACAAACAGAUCAAGACAACACCUCCCUGAUAGUUGCUGUUACAGUGCCAUUAACCAUAAUUCUUAUAUUGCUGGUUACGCUGGUAUUCUAUAAGAGACGUCGCAAUAGUUGCCGCAAAACCACUAAAGACUCAAGGGCCAAUGACAAUAUGUCACUACCGGAUAGUGUCAUCGAACAAAAUCGUCCAGUGCCCAUCAAAAAUUUCGCCGAACAUUAUCGCAUGAUGUCCGCGGACUCUGAUUUCCGUUUCAGUGAAGAGUUUGAUGAAUUGAAACAUGUGGGUCGUGAUCAACCUUGCACUUUUGCCGAUUUACCCUGUAAUCGUCCCAAGAAUAGAUUUACCAAUAUUUUACCCUAUGACCAUUCACGUUUCAAACUCCAACCUGUUGAUGAUGAUGAGGGUUCGGAUUACAUUAAUGCCAAUUAUGUGCCAGGUCAUAAUAGUCCUCGAGAAUUUAUAGUCACCCAAGGGCCAUUGCACUCGACGCGAGAUGAUUUCUGGCGCAUGUGUUGGGAGAGCAAUUCAAGGGCCAUUGUUAUGUUGACCCGCUGCUUUGAGAAGGGUCGUGAGAAAUGUGAUCAAUAUUGGCCAAACGAUACCGUUCCAGUAUUCUAUGGUGAUAUAAAGGUGCAAAUAUUAAAUGAUAGUCAUUAUCCGGAUUGGAUUAUGACCGAAUUCAUGGUGUGCAGGGGCAGUGAACAGCGUAUUAUGCGCCAUUUCCAUUUCACCACCUGGCCUGAUUUUGGUGUACCAAAUCCCCCUCAAACUUUGGUGCGUUUCGUUCGAGCCUUCCGUGAUCGCAUUGGUACCGAUCAAAGGCCCAUUGUGGUUCACUGCAGUGCUGGUGUAGGCCGCUCGGGUACUUUUAUAACUUUGGAUCGUAUUUUACAACAAAUAAAUACCUCCGAUUUUGUUGAUAUCUUUGGCAUAGUUUAUGCCAUGAGAAAAGAGCGCGUUUGGAUGGUCCAAACCGAGCAACAAUAUAUUUGCAUUCACCAAUGUCUAUUGGCUGUGUUAGAGGGCAAAGAGAAUAUUAUUUGUCCCCCACGUGAAAUCCAUGACAACGAGGGCUAUGAAGAUGAUGAAGGCAUCGCAGAAUCUGGUAUGUAAAACAACCAGAUAGCACAAAUAUACUUACAACCAAUGCCUCUUCCAAUGCUUAAGCUACUCCUGCUCCACCUACACACAUAUAAAGUCCUUACCCAAUGCCAGCUGUGUCUGUCCCUCACUUUGUUAAGGAUAUUAUAUCAUAUUAAAAAAAAAAUAAAUAAAUCUAUAUAUAUACAUAUGAUUAUAUAUACAAAAAAACACACACACACCCAUACUUGACAAGUUCUGAUAUUAGAUAUACAUAAUAUUUAAAUAUAUAUGUAUGUAUAUAGAAAACAAAUACAUAUAUGUUUGACAUAAAAAAAGAGACAAGCCACAUAAACAAAAAUGUAAACCCAACAUGAAAACAAUUAAAAUUGUUUUUAAUGUUAUUUAAAAAAGUUUAAAAAAAAGAGAAAAGCAAAACAUCAACAAUUUUACUAUUGAGAACUCGAAAUAUAACAAAAUAUACAUAUAAAUACGGAAGAUAAAAAUUAAAGAAAAAACAAAACUGUAAUAAAACUCAUCGUAUUUAAGGAAUCUCUCGCCAAUAAGAACAAAUUAAAAACAAAAACAAACAAAACAAGAAAAACAAUUAUAAGCCCUGUAUUUUUUAGAUAACAAAUAAAACAAUGACACUUAAUUAAACUAUUUUACAUUAAAUGUAUACAACAAAAAGAAAAAAAAUAUAUUAUUAAAACCUAUAUAUAUAUAUAUAUAUAUAUAUCUUAAAUAUAUUUAAAUGAAUGAGAGGUAAUUUAAUUCAUAAGUUUAAAACAAAAAAUGAAAUCAUACAUAUUGUAGACUUUAACUAAUACAAAAACAAAACAAACAAAACUAGGGAAGGUGGAAGAAACUCGAAAAAGGAAUAGUUAGAACAAAUGUAUUAUAGAACUGAUAAAUUUAUUAACAUUUUGAAAAAAUAUUGAGUUUUUAACUUUGAUUUUUGUUAAGAUCAUAUUUUUACAUUUUGAAAAAACAUUAAGUUGUUAAUUUUGAUAGCCUAUUAGGAGGAUGCUUUCUUAUUUUGUCCAGAAUUUUUCAAAAUUAAAAUUUAAAACAUUUUUAAGAGUUUUAUUUUGAUGUCUUUUAAAAAAAAAAAUUAUGCUUUUAUGCAAUUGACUUAACCACUAAUUUGGUAAUCAUUUCUUCUACCAAAAUUUUAUUGUUUUUAUUUUAUCAAAAAGCUAAUUUUUUUAAAUAAGUAAAUUGUUACAAUUUUUUUAUAUAAUUGCAAUUUUUUCUGAAAAGAACAAUAGCUUUCUGUUUUCCUAAUUUUUUUAAAGUUCUUAAUUUAAAUAUGUAUACCCUACACCACUACGGGGGCACAGGGUAUUAUAACUUAUUGCAAUUGUUUGUAACACCCAGAAGGAAGAGAGAUAGACCCAUUUUAAGUAUAACGAUCGACUUAGAAUCACUUUCUGAUUCGAUUUAGCUAUUUCCGUCUGUGUGUCUGUCUCUCUGUCUGUCCGUCUAUCCAUGUUUAUUUGUGUACAAAGUACAGGUCGCAGUUUUCAUCCGAUCGUCUUAAAAUUUGUUAGAGGAAUGUUUUUCAGCCUAGAAACAAAGCCUAUUGAAAUUGGAAAAAAUCGGUUCAGAUUUUAAUAUAGCUCCCAUAUAUAUGUUCGUCCGAUAUGCAGUAAUUUUGCAAUGAAAUGGUCUAUUGUUAACCGAUUCUCUCGAAAUUCGGCAGGAAGGAUUUUCUAAUGACUCUUGACAUUACUGGUGAAUUUCAUAGAAAUCGGUUCAGAUUUAGAUAUAGCUCUCAUAUACAUAUAUCGCCCAAUUUUCACCCCUAGAGCCACGGCAAGCGCAUUUAUUGACCAAAAUUCCCAAAACUUCGUACAACAAUAUCAUCGACGACUUCCAUAAUGUCUAUAGAGUUUGCUCGAAAUUUGUUCAGAUUUGAAUAUAGCUCCCGUAUAUAUGUUCGUCCGAUUUGUAGUAAUAUUCCAAUAAAAUGGUCUUCUGUUAAUCGAUUAUCUCGAUAUUUGGCAGGAAGGAUUUUCUUAUGACUCGACAUUUUAUGGAAAUCGGUUCAGAUUUAGAAAUAGCUCUCAUAUAUAUAUAUCGACCGAUUUUAACUUCUAGAGUCACGAUUUCCUCGACGACUGCCACAGUAUCUGAAGCGUUUGCUUGAAAUCGGUUCAUAUGUAGGUAUAGCUUCCAUAUAUAUGUUCCUCCGAUUUUGAGAAAUAUUGUAAGAAAGUGCUCGUUUUUUAACUGAUUCUCUUUGGUACAGGCAUGUUUUUCGACCUAGAGACGAAGCCUAUUGAAGUUGGAAAAAAAUUGGUUCAGAUUUGGAUAUAGCUCCCAUAUAUAUUUUCGUCCGAUUCGGUAAUAUUGCAAUAAAAUGGGCUUUUGUUAACCGAUUCUCUCGAAAUUUGGCGGUAAUUUUUCUAAUGACUCUCGAUUUUACUGGUGAGUUUCAUCGCCCCAGGUAUAGAUAUAGCUGUCAUAUAUGUAUAUCGCCAGAUUUUCACUCCAAGAGCCACUGCAAGCGCAUUGUUUGACCAAUCUUGGCAAAAUUUUGCAUAACGCUUUCCUCGACGACUAUCACAUUAUCUGAUGAGUUUGUUCGAAAUUGGUUCAAAAUGAGAUGUGGCUCUCAUAUAUAUGUUCGUCAGAUUUUGGGUAAUUUGCAAUAAUGUUGUCAUUUGUCAAUCGUAGUUAUUACAGUUGGAAUAUAUUUGCUCGCCGAGUUCCAUCAGAAUUGGAUAUAGCUCCUAUAUUGUACUUAUAGGGUAGGUGGUGGGUAUUAUACAGUCGGCACCGCCCGACUUUUGCCCUUCCUUACUAGUUUUCUUUUAACCUUUUUUUAAUUAAAAUUGUAAAAAGAUAAUUUUUUUCUAAUUUAAAAAACGAAUUUUCGUGAAAUGUUAGCGAAACUAAAGCACGCUGAGGCAAUCACCCUUAUUCCGGUUGGAUAUGUUGUAGUUGAAUUUCGAAAUUUUUACAAAAUGUUAUUAUGGUUGUCGAAGACGAAAAUACUCUUACAGUUUUGAUAUCACGUAAGGCGAAUACGACUGUCUAAUUAGUCGAAAACGAUCGAAAUACAAGUUAGUUGCAGUCUAAUGUACAUCAUGUCUGUUUAUCGAAUAAGUAUGGAGCUUUCUUUAGUGGUCACCGUAGCGCAGAGGUUAGCAUGUGCGCCUAUGACGCUGAACGCCUGGUUUCAAAGUCAAAAAAUUAACACUUUUGAGUCAAUAUUUCGAAAUUCUUCAUCAGCGAGUAAAAUUUAUGAGUUUUUACCCUAAAAACGCCCCGUUUUUUGACAAAAAGUGGGUAUUUCGAAGAUCUCAAAUAUGAUCUGAAUUCAGUUUUCGUUAAGGAAUUAUAUUCGCCAGGUCUUUUUGUGAAAAUCGAAAAAAAGAUUUUUCAACAAUUUUUCGGGCAAGGCUAUGUCAACAUCCCAAAAAAGUUAACUCAUCUUAUCGAUGAGACAAUUCUUCUUCAGCGCGCAAAAAUUGCGAGUCUUUGCACUGAAAACGCCGCGUUUUUAAACCAAGAAUGGGAAUAUCGAAGAUAUGAAAUAUGAUUUAAUUAUCAGUUUUUGAUGAGGAAUUAUAUUCGCCACAAUAUUUUGCGAAAAUCGAAAAAAAGAUUUUUCGACUAUUUUUCGGGCAAGGCUAUAAGUCAUUGAAAUGUUCGAAAAUCAGCAAAAUUUCGAAAUUUUCAACAUCCCAAAAAAGUUAACUCAUCUUAUCGACGAUGAGACAAUUCUUCUUCAGCUCGCAAAAACUGCGAGUCUUUGCACUGAAAACGCCGCGUUUUUAGACCAAGAAUGGGAAUAUCGAAGAUAUGAAAUAUGAUUUAAUUUUCAGUUUUUGAUGAGGAAUUAUAUUCGGCACAAUAAUUUGCGAAAAUCGAAAAAAAGAUUUUUCGACUAUUUUUCGGGCAAGCCUAUAAGUCAAUUUUCGGAAUUCAACAAAAUUUCAAAAUUUUCGAAAUCUCAAUAAAGUUAACCCACCUUAAUGACACAAUAUUUCGGAAUUCUUCACCAGCACAUCAAAGUUGAGUGUCUUUAAACUGAAAACACCGCGUUUUCAACAAAAUGUUGUAACUUCGAGAAUAUGAAAUAUGCGCGGAAUUCAGUUUAGGAAAAAGGAUUAUGUUCCUCAUUUAUUCACUAAAAAACAUUUAAAUUGUUUAAACUAAUUAAGUUAUUGAUUUUUUGUGGUUUAAAUUAAUUUUUUUAAUUGAGCCUAUUAGAAAGUGAUUGAACUAUUUAAAAAUUUCAAUAAUAUCAUUAUUUUCUUUUAUCUAUAACUUUUUGGACAUGGGAUCACAUAUUUAAUUGAAAAAUUUAGAUUCAAUCAAAAAAAAUGAAGCAAGGUUUUUAUAAGAAUUUCUUUUUGUGUAUGGUGAGAGCAAAAAUUCUCAGAAGUGUCAGAGAGUCUCGAUAAGUCCUUGAUUUGAGUAGCUCGUAGUUUUUAAACUCGCAGCAUAACUCUACAAGUUGAUCAAGGUUUAAGAGCCGUGGUAACUUGUUCCUUGGUCACCCGCAUUCAAAACUAUACAAUUUCAACUCGUAUCUAAAAAUAGCUACAAUUGUAAUAUCCCUUAAGUGUUUUAUUUUAAAUUGUAUUUCCUAUACAAUUUCAGGCAAAGAAUUUCGAAACCUAAAACGCUUAAAACAUUUAUUUCCAAAAAAAACCAAUUUAGAGAAAACUUGUAAUAAAAAUGAUGUAUAGGACACAAGUCUAGCCAUUACAAACAAUAUAAUGAUUUAGAAUUUUCGCGAAUUCCCAAAUCCUUUGUUUCAAAUAACCUAUUUUUUAAUCAUUAUAAAAAAAAUUACAUUAACUAUUCCCCAUACGAGUAUAUUCUUCCUUCCCUGGUCUUGGGAAGGCAACUAUCUACACUUUUUUUAGAUGCAAUUUGUUUUAUAUAUAUAGACGACCUACAAAAAAGAAAAUCAGCUAACUCUAUGGGUAUAUUUUUUUAUUUUAUUUGCCAAGAAAACAAAAAAACAACUUUCUGUAUUAUUUUGAUUUGUUUAUACAUUACUAUACUCUUUUUCUUUCCAAACCAACAUAAAAUUGUGAAUGAUUUGAUUUGUCUGUAAAUUGUAGUCAAUAUAGAAGGAAAGAUAACGCUAACAGUAAACGAUUUGAAAUGCAAUAUUUUAAUUUGAUAAGUGUAAUUGUUAAUAUGUUUAACUGAUCUUUUUGAAGGCAAUGUUAUUUUAUUUAAAUUUCUCUUAUUAUUUGUUUUAUACAUAUGUGAAAAAUUAUUAACUUUUGUUUUCUAUUUCCUUUUUUUUUAUUAUUUUCUUCGUCCAAACUACAACAAAA